AUGAUAGUAAAAGAAGUAUGCAAUGCUAUUUGGUCAGUAAUGAAAUCGGAAUUUCUACCCACACCUUCAAAAGAAAACUGGGAAAAAAUCGCAUUGGAUUUUGAAAGAAAUGUUAAUUUUCCCCAUUGCAUAGGAGCAGUAGAUGGGAAGCACAUUCGGAUAAUUUGCCCAUCUGGCAGUGGGUCCACGUAUUAUAACUACAAGCAAUAUAAUUCAAUGGUAUUGAUGGCAAUAGCUGAUUCAAAUUACUGGUUUGUAUAUGUUAAUAUUGGAAGUUAUGGGAAAGAUUGCGAUUCUGCUAUUUUUAAGCGAAAUGAGAUAUGGAAAUCUAUUACAAUGGGAACGCACCAGCUUCCAGAACCGAAAUGUCUGCCGGGUACUGAUAGUCCUAAUGUGCCUUAUUUCUUCGUUGGAGACGAAGCCUUCGCAUUACACAAACAUUUAUUACGGCCGUUUGGAGGAUCAAACCUCUCAGUACAAAAAUAA